GUUAUCCCCUUUCUUUCUCUAACAAACACACGCUCACCAGAUUCUCCUAAACGGCGAAACCCUAUCAGAGCCACCAUCACCAUCUCCCCUUUCAUUCUGCUCUUCUCCUCGCGUCGCCAGAAGCUAAGGUCGGUUCGGGGCUGUUGUUGGCAUCGCCGUUUUCUGUCCGAGCUCUCUUUGUCGCUGCUUCUUUGCUCUUCACCGUUGGUCGUCGCCGCUUCUCCACUCCUCGCCGUGGGUCGUCACUGCUUCUCCCCUCCUUGCCGUGCGUCGUUUCUGCUUCUCACCUCCUCGUCGUUUUUGGCUGUGGCCCCUUCUAGUCUCCCGGCCAGUCUUGUCGUCGCUGCCUCUCUGCUCCGCACCGUGUCUCACCGUCGUUGCUUCUCUGUUUCACGUUACCAAAAUUCGCAAUUUGAAUUUCUCUGUCUCGCUGGCUCUAUGCUGUCUUUUCCUCUCCUUCGCUGGCAAUCCAGAUAACAUCAGACAGAAGAGGGGGAAAAAUGGUGAAAUCAUCACAAUAUGAAAGAUUUUCAAAGGAUUUCGUAAUGGGAGGGGUAGCAGCAAUCAUAUCGAAGAGUGCCGCGGCACCAAUCGAGAGAGUGAAACUUCUAUUGCAAAACCAAGCUGAAAUGAUUAAAAGAGGGCAACUCAAGAAACCAUACAUGGGUGUGCGUGAUGGAUUUAAGAGGGUGUUUGCAGAAGAGGGUGUCAUUGCCUUUUGGAGAGGUAACCAGGCCAAUGUCAUCCCUUCUCAAGCUUUCAAUUUUGCAUUCAAAGGUUACUUCAAAAGCAUUUUUGGGCAAUCCAAAGAGAGAGAUGGGUACAUUAAGUGGUUUGCUGGAAAUGUGGCUUCAGGAAGUGCCGCGGGAGCAACUACUUCACUGCUUCUUUAUCAUUUAGAUUAUGCACGAACACGAUUGGGCACUGAUGCAUUGGAGUGCCGUGCUACCGGUCAGCGCCAGUUUAAGGGGCUAGUUGAUGUGUACCGUAAAACCUUGUUAAGUGAUGGAGUUGUUGGCUUGUACAGGGGAUUUGGGGUGUCAAUAGUGGGAAUCACAAUGUACCGAGGGAUGUACUUCGGGAUCUAUGACACCGUGAAGCCUAUCAUUUUAGUUGGGCCUUUCGAGGGAAAUUUCUUUGCUAGUUUCUUCUUAGGUUGGAGCAUUACAACAUCAGCAGGGGUUUGUGCAUACCCGUUCGACACACUGCGUCGGAGAAUGAUGCUAACAUCUGGACAACCAAACAAGUAUUAUAACGCAAGGCAUGCAUUUCGUGAGAUUGUUCGUCAAGAGGGUUUUUUAGCUCUAUUCCGAGGUGUUACCGCAAAUAUGCUUCUUGGUGUCGCAGGAGCUGGGGUGCUUGCUGGAUAUGAUCAGCUCAACUGCUUCUCAUCUAGGCACUAGUAUGCAGGUUCUGAGGGAGAAAUACAAUUUGAACCUAGAAAACCUAUCAACCAUUUAGCUUGACUUCAAAGUGCAAUUCAUUUAUAUUCUUGGCUGUGAAUAUUGUACACGGUCAGACAUCCAUUAUUUUGUUACCACAAUUCAUUUACUUUUUAUAGGAGAUAAAAUGAUAGAAGAUAAA